GUAUAGAUGAACACAUGAAGACUCCUCUGACGUCACAGUGACGUACUUCCUGUUUCCGGCGGUUUACUUCCUGUUCGGCGGUAAAGCGUGUUUGCUGGAUCACGAAGAACAAACGUUUGAGACGAAAAUACAUCAAGUUUAUCAUCAGCAGACCAGCUUUAAGGACAACAGACAUGAGUUUACCGCUGAACCCAAAGCCAUUCCUGAACGGCCUUACAGGCAAACCAGUGAUGGUGAAGCUGAAGUGGGGCAUGGAGUACAAGGGCUACCUGGUAUCUGUGGAUGGGUACAUGAAUAUGCAGCUGGCAAACACAGAAGAGUAUGUGGAUGGAGCAUUGGCGGGUCAUCUUGGUGAAGUUCUCAUCAGGUGUAAUAAUGUUUUGUACAUCAGAGGUGUAGAAGAAGAGGAGGAAGACGGAGAAAUGAGGGAGUGAUGUUGGUGAAGAAGACUCGGCCCUGUUGUGUGACUGUACCUCGUAGUUGAAUUGUGUGUUUGUGUUUUCACCAUGUGAAACAAUGAACGAUUGGGGUUUAGGUUAACUUUUUUCGAGCAGUUUUGAAAAUGAUUUUUUUUUUUACUGUAUUUGUUAGGCCAAUUUUAUGUUGUCAGUUUGUAAUACAGACACAAUAAAAUGAUUAUUGUACCCUUUCUUAAA